GUAAGCGGCCAGAUUUCAGCAUGAUUGUCGGUGGGUUUUCUAUACGGGAAGGGCUAUUGUUAGUAGCCUGUUUUUUCUUUAUCCCUGUCAAUGGAGAAACUUCAGGACCUUACUUCAUGGUGACGUUUCCUGCGGUCAUUGAGUCUGGCUCUGAGGCUAAACUGUGUGUGAGUCUUCUGAAGCCAAAUGAAACUCUACAACUCACUGUUUACCUGCUUUACAACAACCAGAACAGAACACUUCUACAGGAGAGAGUGGAGGAAGAAUUUCACCGCUGCUCUCAGUUUAAGGCUCCAAAGAUUAAAGGACAGUCAGUGCAGGAGAUCAGAGUAGAGGUCAAAGGUGAAAAGUUUCUGAUGACAGAGACAAGAAAAGUUGUGUUUAAAUCUUACAAACCGCUGACAUUCAUCCAGACUGAUAAGCCAAUCUACAAUCCAGGCCAAAAAGUGAAUUUCAGAAUUGUCACUAUGAAUGCUAACUUUGUCCCACUGCGACAAGAGUACAUUCUGAUACUUCAGGACAAUAAUAAAAACAGGAUCGGGCAGUGGACGAAUGUUUCCUCGACAGGCCUGAUACUGCAGCUUUCUCACCAGCUGAACUCUGAGGCUUCUGAGGGCCAGUACACACUAAAGGCUAUAAUUGAGGAUAGGUGGAUCACACACCACUUUACAGUGAAAAAAUACGUUCUGCCCAAGUUUGAGGUUACAUUAAAAGCUCCAAAAGAACACAGUGUUGGUGAGGAGGAACUGAAGAUAGAAGUUUGUGGAAAAUACACGUUUGGACAGCCAGUACCCGGAACAGCACUGGUACAAGUGUGCCGGAAAUCUAGACAGCGCUAUUUUCAGGGUGUACCAUGCCUGUAUGAAACACUAACGAUGAGUGAGAAUGGAUGCGCAUCUCAUAUAUACAACAUGUCUGUUUUCAUCGGUUCCGAAUUUGCUCACAAUUUUAGAGAGUCUCUUGAUAUUGAUGUUACAAUGACUGAGGAAGGGACAGGUAUUUCCAUGGUCCAAUCAGGAAGAACAGAAUUUACUUUCAUCCUUGGUAAAGCUGAGUUUCUUGAUUUACCAAAACACUUUGAACGAGACACUGUUAUACAAGGAAAAAUCAAAGUUACAACCCACAGUGGAAAACCAAUUCCAAACAAGGAGGUUUAUCUAUUAAACGGUUAUAGUUGGCAGUCAAAACUUCUUCUUAAUCUUACUACGGAUGAUAAUGGAUUGGCCAGCUUCACAAUUGAUGCACCUGCUGACCCUGACACAGAGAUUAGAUUGCUGGCCAGUGUCUAUCCGGAAAAGCACCACCGCGGAUACAGGAAACCACAAUUUGAGUAUAGGGAAGUGCGUAUACCACUCAUUCAACCUGUCACGCCUUACAGUCCAGUGUACAGUGAAUUAAUAAUUGAGAGCAUAAAGGAACCGAUUACAUGUGAUUCUGAAGUUACCAUUAACGUAAAGUACUACAUUGUUGGAGAAACCACUGAUAAUUACAGCACUGACCUUAUAUACAUGGUUUUAUCUAAAGGAGUCAUAGUCCAUCAUGGCUAUGAGAAAGUGGAAGUAAAAGACUCCAGGAAGGUUUUAGAGGGAAGUGUCUCCUUCAAACUGUCUGUGAUUCCUGAGAUGGCUCCUGUAGUGCAGGUUCUGGUGUAUGGAGUACUGCCCAGUGAGAACGUCAUCGCUGCUAGCAAGAAUUUUAACGUGGAAAAAUGUUUCACAAACAAAGUAUCGCUGCAGUUCUCUCCUAGUGAAGCAGUUCCUGGUGAGGAAAACUCUCUCCAGCUCUCAGCUCUGCCUGGUUCACUGUGUGCUCUCAGUGCUGUGGAUCAGAGUGUGUUCAUCUUGGAGCCAGGAAAACGUCUGGAUCCUGAUACGGUCUUCAAUUUGUUGCCAGUGAAAUUAGUAUCAGAUUAUGCUCGUGAUGCUGAAGAUGCUCAAGAGUGUUGGAACGUGUGGGCAAGACGUCAACGGCAGACACGGCAAGACCAUGUUUACAAUACUAUAAAGAGCGUUGGGCUAAAGAUGGCAACUAAUCUGGUUAUUAAAGCUCCUCACUGUUUGGUCUACAAGGGUGAAAGGUUUCACCGCCGCUAUGGGGAACGUUUUGACCGUCUUUAUAAAACGGCCCGUGUAUCAUCUUCAAGACACUCCCCCCACGGUGCAAAUGUAAUAAUGGAAAAAAGAGAAGAAUUUGUUGAGACUGUUAGAAAUGUCUUUCCUGAAACCUGGAUAUGGCAACUUGCUGAAGUGGGUGAUUCUGGAUCAGCUCAGGUUCCUGUCACUGUUCCUGACACCAUCACCACUUGGGAGAUGGACACUUUCUGUCUGUCCUCUAGAGGUGUGGGAGUGGCUCCUGCUGCUCAGCUUCGUGUCUUCCAGCCCUUCUUCCUGGAGCUCUCUCUGCCCUACUCCAUCAUCCGGGGAGAAGAGUUUGAGCUGAAGGCCACUGUCUUCAACUAUCUCUCCAAGUGCAUUAUGGUUAAAGUGACUCCAGCUCCUUCCUCAGACUACACUCUAAAAGCCUCCUCCUCUGAUGAGCAGUAUUCAUCCUGUCUGUGUGCAAAUGGUAGAAAGACCUUCAGAUGGACCCUCGUUCCCUCUGUGCUCGGGGUCUUGAACGUGACGGUCAGUGCUGCAGCAGAAGCGUCACAGACUGUGUGUGACAAUGAGAUCGUGAGUGUUCCUGAAAGAGGACGCAUUGACACAGUCACACGAAGCCUGCUGGUACAGGCUGAAGGAACUGAGAAAAGCAAGAGCCAGAGUUGGUUGCUGUGUCCACAAGGAAACAGUGUUUCAGAGGAGCUGGAGCUAACUCUUCCUGGAGAUGUGAUAGAAGGUUCAGCACGAGCUUCUGUUUCAGUGCUUGGUGAUAUUCUGGGCCGUGCCCUUCAAAAUAUUGAUGGGUUGUUGAAGAUGCCGUAUGGCUGUGGAGAACAAAACAUUGCUCUCCUCUCUCCCAAUAUCUACAUUCUUCAGUACCUAGAGAGCACUGAACAGCUGACCCCAGCCAUCCGAGAGAAAGCUACUGGCUUCCUUAAGAGCGGAUACCAGAGGCAACUGAACUACAAGCAUUACAAUGGAGCAUACAGUACAUUUGGCACAGGACAGGGAAAUACAUGGUUAACCGCUUUUGUGAUGAGAACUUUUGGAAAAGCACAGCGCUACAUCUUUAUUGAUCCAGAGAACAUUAACAGUGCAAAGAAAUGGCUGUUAGAAAAUCAGACACCAGAUGGCUGUUAUAUUAGACAAGGAAGACUAUUCAACAACAGAAUGAAGGGUGGUGUAAAUGAUAAUGUGACCAUGACUGCUUACAUCACUGCUUCACUGCUUGAACUGGGACAUACAGCUGAGGAUCCUGUUGUAAGUAAAGGGUUAUCGUGUAUAAAAUCCUCUAUUGGUGACCUGAAACACCUGAAACACACUUAUGCAUCAGCUCUGCUGGCCUACACUUUCAGUCUGGCUGGAGAGAAUGAAAUUCGAGGGCAGCUGCUAAAGAAACUGGAUACUGUUGCAAUUGUAGGAGAUGGUCGUCUUCACUGGUCUCGGUCAGCAACUGAAGACUCUGACUCCUUGUCAGUGGAGAUCAGCUCCUACGUGUUGUUAGCUGUUCUCUCUACAGAUAAACUCUCUAAUGCUGAUUUGGGCUAUGCUAACAGGAUUGUCAGCUGGCUGGUGAGGCAGCAGAAUCCCUAUGGAGGCUUCUCCUCCACACAGGACACAGUGGUGGCCCUCCAGGCUCUGGCUCUGUACUCCACCAAAGUGUACAGCUCAAACGGCUCCAGCACAGUAACUGUGCAGUCAGCAGAUAAAGAGACUCACAGCUUUGAAGUGAAUCAGAAUAACAAGUUACUGUACCAGGAGAAAUCCCUACAAAAUGUUCCUGGAAAAUACAGUGUUUCAGUGAAGGGCUCUACUUGUGCUUCAGUGCAGAUGUCACUGUUCUAUAAUAUCCCCACACCUAAUGAAGUCCGUACACUAGGCAUCGAGGCUAAAGCUGAUGGAAAUUGCACAAAGUCAUUUGGACAUGUUCUGUCUGUCAACUUCACAGUCAAAUAUAAUGGGAAGUUAAACAGCACUAAUAUGGUCAUUGUGGAUAUUAAAAUUCUAUCAGGAUUCACAGGAGAUCCCAAUGAGCUAAGACACAGCUCACUUGUGGAGCGGGUUGAAUCCAACAAUGACCAUGUGCUCAUGUACUUAAAAAAGGUUCCAACAAAUAGUCCUGUACAUUAUCAGCUACAUAUUAAACAGGUUCUUCCAGUGAAGAACCUCAAACCAGCUGUGAUCAAAGUAUAUGAUUACUACCAACCAAGUGACCAGUCUGAAACCGAGUACUCCUCCCCCUGUGUGUAAACCUUCACACCUGCAUCUUCAGAAUAUGAGACAGAAAGAUUAUCUUCCAUGUGCCAGUCAUUUUUACUUAUUAAGUAUUUUUGGUAAAAUAAAUGUAAACUUUAACUCACAGGCCGCUAUUUUGUUGUUAAAAGUAAGACAAUGAAGGAGGAAAAUAAGGUUUACAGUUAGGACCAGGGAUGGGCUGGCCAUUAAGUCAGGGAGUACUGGGACAAUUACUCUGUGUGUGGGCUGCUGAAAGAAUUAAAAAUAUAAAUUGUGCAUUGGUCCACAUAAGUCAGGUGCAUUUUCAUUAGCCACUUCAUUACAUAUGACAAAGACGGAUCACUUAUCACAUAAUAUUUAAAAUAAUAUUAUUAUUAUGUAUCGGCAUGUCAAUUCUUACAAUUAUUUUUGGCAGAAGUUAAUAUAAACGUUAAAUGUCAGAAAAAAAUGGAUUUGUCUGGAAUCCCUCUAUUUACUCAGGACAUGUGGUCUUACUGUAAUCUUACGAACUACAAAUGAACAGAAGUCAGGUUAGAGCAGCGUUUCUCAACCCUGCUCCAGUAUAUUCUACAGCUUUCUCUGCUUUAAAGCCACUUAAUUAAGUAAGUGGUGGUAUGAUGUGUCUAAUACACUGCUGGAUAUACAUAAUGAUUGAUUUAUGGUCCAUAGGGGGCUAAGGGAUUUUAACAGGUAAACUCAAUAAAGGAUUGUGCUAAGUGAUAUUGGAUAAAGUUUUGUUGUCUAAUAAAAAAAAAUCUAAUUCUUGA